AAAAAAAAGAAAUAGCAAACAGUUCAAGAAGGUCUCUUUUUCGAUUUUCGAAAGGGUGGGAAUAGCCAAUCGCGCUCGAAAGCCGUUAAACGGAUGUGUAAUUCCCAUCUUCUCCUCUUUCCUUACUGCAACCUUCAGUUUGCAUCGAUUGAAUUGUUCGUGCUGAUACUACGCUGUCGUUUUCAUGCGGUUCUCAACCAUUCCUCACUUCAGUUUGUUUUUGCAGGUCGGAUCAACAAAGAGAUGGAAUUCGAGGAACUUGAGUCAAAUCUCCAUGCUUUGAAGCAAUUGUAUGGACUUCUUAGAAAUGAUGGAAAUGGUUUCCCAAAUUCGGCCUUCAAUAGUACGCUGGAUGACAAGUCAAGGCUUCUGCUAAAGAAGUUACUGGAUGGAGCAGUUGAAAGUGUUUUCAAGAUUCAUUCUGAGGUCUUGGGAACUCAAGUUGAAUCAUCUUUGGCAGAUUGCUCAGAGAGAGCACAGAAAACAAGUGACUCAUGGAUGCAACUACCAGCGAACGAAACUUCUGAUGUCCUGCAAGUAUGUGGAAAUGACCGGAGUAGCAUGGAAUACACUGGAUUGAAAACUGAAUGCAGCUUCAGAGAGCCACAUAACAAAGGAAUGUUUUCAAUGCAGCCGUCGCCAAGUCUUACUUCAAGUGGUAAUGACAACAGGCAUAAAUUCUGCAGGGUUUGCCAACGUCAAAUUGUGAGGAACCCUACAGAGGAAUCUGCUGCUUGUGAUAGUAGAAACGAGGCCACUGCUUUGUCUCAGUUGCAGAAUUUCCAGCCUGAUUCCUUUUUAUGUGGUGAGAAAAAGGACAUAUUGACAUCACCAAGUCAAUUCCCUGUGUGGUCUAUAAGUUCUAAGGAUAAUGAACAGAUAGGCCAAAUAAGAUUGACAGAUGCUCUCCAAACAGGACCUGCACAUGAGUCGAUUGAAGAAGCUACACCUUCUCACUUAUCUAAAGAAGCUUCUGAUGUUAUCAAGCAAAUUGAAGUACGGAUUCAGGAUUUGCGAAGAUGGCCUGAAAAUUUGGAGACCAAUGGAAGCUGCGCUGCAGUUCAUAGAUGUGGUGCAACUCAACUGGAAUUAUCUGACAAAGUACAUGACAUUCUUUUGAAGGCAGAGCAGGCUAGUGAUGUUGUAAUGGCAAAACCCCCAAUGGUCACCAGAAUUGAGUGCAAAAAUAGUGAGCACUUUACAAAAGGGAUAAAUGACUCGCAAAAGGAAAUGCAUGGAUGGUAUAAAGGUGCUAGUCCACUGCAAUAUCUGCCUAGUAUGCCUAAACAUUCGUCAGUGGAAACAGAACUGCCAAAAUUGACUGCUAAUACGCCUCUUCGGUCGCUUCCACCUAAAAAGACCAUGAGAAGUCCAGUGAGUAGCCAGAUGAGUGAGAGGUUGAAUGACCUAGCACCACAUAUGCAGAUUGACAAAAUAAGUCCUUAUGAAGAGAAUAGGAGGCAGAAUUACAUGACUGAUAGGGCUUUUGCUCAGACAGUUAAGUCCAAAGAAGGCGAGCUUGAACCAGAUUUAUUAACUAGUAGUGAUGGCCUGAAGCCAAUCCACCUGCAUAAUUAUAACUUCUUUCUAGACAAUGACAAGAUACCAAGUAGGAUCCCGGCUUCUGUUACGAGCUUGACACAGCAGAUGAAAGAGAUGGAUCUGCGUCAAGACCAAUCAAUCUUAGAGGACAAUGUUAUGAAAUCAGGAGCUUGUCAGACACCAUUACAAUAUAGGACACAUAAAGACCACUCCAGAAAUGGAAAUACUUGGGCACUUGAUUCUAGGCACAAGGUGAAUCAGUUUUUGAGAUCCCAAAGCAAGAUAAGAUUGACAGGGGAAACAAAAAAGUGGCAACCUUCUCGACAUCACAGGGCUGAUCCGUAUGGAGACAAAAAGAUAGUGCAGCAUCAACAUGAAUCAGAUAGUGCAUCUUUGAGCUCAGAAUCCUCGAACUGGAAUAGCCAGGGAACUAGUCUGUCCUAUAGUGGGAGUGAAGAAUAUUAUCUCCCACAGCAGAUUCAUCGAAGGAACUAUAUUAACUCUCCGUCCAGCAGCGAAAAUGACAUGUAUAACCCAUCAGAUGAAAGUGAAGACCGUUACAAGGGUGUCAGCAGUAGCGACAAUGAGGUUUACUCAUGGCAAAGUAGUGACGACAGGAAAAGGAAUUCAUUACUGAGUAGUGCAAGCUCUAGUCAAGCCUUUUAUAGUGAUGAUAGUGACACCGACAGAUCCUCCCCAGACAAACAUCCCGGAUUCCAGCUCCCCUGGCACCCCAGAGACUUUUCAGCUAGUUCAGCAUCAACAAAGAAGAUCAGGCCAAAAGGGGGUUAUGCAUCAAGUAAAAGGAGCAACAGAAGUAAAAAAAUUGGACGAUGGAAGAAGUUGAAAGACAAAUUGUCUAUUAUCUUCCAUCACCACCAUCAUCACCACCACCACCAUUAUAAUCAGCAGCAUACGGAUGAUGAUGAUAGUGAAGAAGAAGAAGAUCUUAGUAAUCAUAAAAACAAGGAGAUCCAUGGAAAGUUACUCUCAAGGCAGCAGAGUGUUGUGAACUCACAUUCUGUGAGGCCAGAGGCUGAUGAGAAAGAAGCAUUUGAAAAUAUGGGGAGGGCUAUAAUCCACAGCAGAGAUGCUAGGCGGCAACAGAAACCUGCCAAUGCUCUUAUGGGAGGCCUGUUCAAGCAUAUCCGUCAUUCAAAGGGAACAAAGCCAUCAGGAAAACAUAUAAAACAUUUAAAGGAAGGCCAACAUGAUCGCAACAAGACGCCGGCCAAACUAAACUGGUUGAAGAUUCUUCAUCGCCACAGAAAGGGCAAGAAGUUUGGAAUUGGUUAUGGGAAGAGAUGAUUUUAACAUUGAUAAAGUUGACAUGAUAUCCCCGGAAAGUGCAUUCCAACUUAUCAUUAGUAGAAUCGUAUAUUGUAAUUCUGCUGAUAGUCCUUAACUAAUAUACUUUGGCCAUUGCCUUUUUAAAAUGAUCAUGGUUUUCAAAAUGUAUUACUUCAAUGAACAUUGGCCAUUGCCUUUUCAGC